AUGGGUUAUCCAAAUGUCACCAAAGACGUUCUUAGGUUACGUCUCUUCCCUUUUUCUCUUGAAGAGAGGGCCGGUGAGUGGUAUCAUAUCAUUCCUUCUAAAAAAAUCACUACCUGGGAUGAAGUUGUAGAGGUUUUCAUUAAGAAAUUCUACCCACACCAUAAGAUUGAUGUUGUUCGACAGUCAAUCCAAACCUUUAAGCAUAAAAUAGGUGAGAGUCUACAUGAUUACAUAGAACGGUUUAAUGAAUUGUUAUACCAAUGCCCGCACCAUGGCUUUGAGAAAGCCCACAUGGCCCAAAUCUUACAUGAGGGCCUUGAUAGUGAAACCCGAAUGCAGGUAGAAACAAUGAAUGGUGGGGAAUUUACCCAUCAAGACCCGGAUGAAUGUUUUGACGAGUUCAUCGAGUUAUCUGAAAAGACUCGUCAAUGGGAUUCAAUGAGGGAGCCCAAAAUAACUAGGAACUCUAUCCAUAGGGUCAAUAGAGUCGAUAAUGGGUCAGAUAUCCUUAGGCGUCUAGCGUCCUUAGAGAUGAACCAAGGGUCCAACCAGACUAUGAGAUGUAACAAUGAGCCCAGAACCUAUCCAUGUACCAUUUGUGGUGAUCAAAGUCAUAUUGGACCUCACUGUCCCAUGUUUUACCCUAGUGAAACUACCCGUGACCAGACUACCCAAAAUAUCAACAAUUUAAGUCAGAAGCUCGAUGACUGUAUCCUGAAGAGUCCGCGUAACCAACAAAAUAGUGACCGGGAUAUUUCCAACUUAGAGACUCAAAUAAGUCAACUUUCGAGCCAGUUAAAUGAUAGGGAGAGCGGGACAUUUCCUAGCCAAAUUACCCCAAAUCCGAAAGGAGUUAACCAGGUUAAUAAAUCAAGUAGUUCUAACCACAAUGAACAUAUCAAAGCAGUUAUCACCCUUAGGAGUGGUAAAACUCUAGAGAACUCGGUAGAACCAUCUAAGGACAAAAACCCAGCUGAAAAAGAGACUGAGGUUGACCAAACUUCGUCUAAAGAUCCUAAUGAGCAUGAGAGUGCUAAGAGUCCAAGUGAGGAGAAUAAUAUCUCUGAGAGAGUGUACAUACCACCUGCACCAUUUCCUCGAAGACUCGCUAAGAAAAAGCCUAGUACAUAUGCUGAAAUCCUAGACAUCUUUAAGCAAGUUAAGGUCAACCUGCCCUUGUUAGAUGCAAUAAAACAUGUACCAGAUAUGGCCAAGUUCCUAAAAGAGAUUUGCAUUGUCAAGAGAGACGUGAGUGUCCAUAAGAAGGCAUUUUAA